AUGGCGAACAGAGGUGGUGGCUUUGCUAUCUUAGUAACAGGUUUUUCACAUAUUACAAAAAAAAGCAUUGCAACAAAAUUAGUUGCCUACUUUCAGAGCAAGAAAAAAUCAGGUGGUGGAGAAUGUGAUGUUGAGAUUUUGGAAAACGGGAAUGCUGUCGUGACUUUCCAGAAAAGUGAUGCACAGAAAUCUGUCUUGGAAAGGACACAUGCCAUUACAAUUGAUGGAAAAAACAUUCAACUCUCAGUAACUCAGUACAGCGGUGAGUUGAAGAAUUCUCAACAAGAUGACCAUGAAGUUUGCUCUCCAGUGAAAAACAAUUCUCCCUGUGCACCUGAAGUAACAGCUCCACCCAGAAUUGCACAGAAUGAAAGUAUUGAACAAAAUACUCUGAAUGACUCACCUCGAAUUUGUAUUAAAUUGAAAACUGAGCAAUUUGAUCAUGAUCACUUUAGUCUUUUUAUUGAAUGCUGCAGCGGCACCAACUCUUUCCAAGUUUUACACACCAAUGAAACUUCAGUUUAUAUUGUGGAGUUUAUGCAUAACAUAGAUUUGAACAAAGCUCUUCAUACUUUGAACAACAAAACAUUUUGUGGCCUGCAACUGGUUGCUAAGCGUUUGCCAAGAACACACAGUCUCCGUGUUACUCAGUUGCCUGAAUUUAUAAGAGAGGAUUUUCUUGCUUUGUAUUUUGAACGCUUUGUAAAACAUGAUGGAUCUGUGGAGCUUCAAAUGGAUGAAUCUACACAGUCUGCAAUAAUAAAUUUUCCAAAUCCAGAAGUGAUUGAAGAUAUUCUAUCAAAAACACAUACCAUAAGAGGCCACACUUUAAAAUUGCAUCGCUAUUAUAAAAGUGAGAAUCUAACAGAAUUUACAACUGAACAAGAAAGAGAAGACUCUAACCCAUCAAAUAAGGACAAAGAGGAUUUGGACUCACUGACCCAGAAGAAUGAAGACGAUGAAACUAAACUUGCAAGCAGUUUUGAAACAGAGGAAUGUCAGUUUAAAAAUAAGUAUUAUGUAUUGAUUUUGAAGAACCAGAAUCUAGAUAAAGAAUUUCCUCAUGUACAGCUGCAUUUUGAUACAUCACAAAAUGUAGUGAAAAUUACAGGGAUGGAAAAUGAAAUUUUAAAAGUUCAACUAAAACUAUUGAACAAAGGAAACCAAAUAACCAGCAAGAUCAUCCCCUUGUCAAGACAUUUAAGAGUAUUUUUGACACCAUUAAAUGACAAUGGUUUCCUUACACAGAUGUUUUUGGAUUCAGGAAUUAACGCAGCAUAUUCAUUUGAUGACGCUGAAGAUAAAUGCAUUUUGUAUGCAGCAUCAGAAGCAGACCUACAAAAAGCUGACAAAAUGCAUGAGAUGACUUUUGUAGAACUGACAGUACCAAUCCCAGAAAACUUUGACAUGGACGUUGCAAAUGAUUUCAGAUUUUUCAUAGAGAAAGCCACGACAUCUGUGAAAAGAGAACAUUUGGAAUUCAAAAAUAUCAAAGAAAAAUACUUACUGCAGCACCAUAUGGAAUCAAAGACUAGUUCAGACCAGUCCCCUUGUGUCACCCUUGUUGGAUACAGGGCUAUUGCUGAAGAAAUAAAAGUACAUUUUAAGAAGUACAUGAAUGAGAACUGCAUGAAGGAUUGUUUUAUUGAAGUAUCUUCACUGGGUGUCUUUGAGUAUAUCCAGAGGUUUGUGAAUUUUUCAGAAAUAUUACCAGGUAUAAACAUAGAUUAUGUGAACAAUGAACAAUUAUUGGGACUACAGAUCAGAGUGAAUGUAAAAAAUGCAACACAAACAGAAGCUUUAAUAAUGGAUGUGUUGAAACAAGUUAAAUCGACAAAAAAGCAGCUGGACAAACCUGGUGCUAUUCAGUUUUUUUCCAAAAACAAGGAUGUUCUGAAGAAACUAGAGAAUCCAUACCAAUGCAUAAUCUUUAUGGAAAAUCCAGAAGGGCAACAAACAAAUUCUGAUAUCAAAAAACUGGAAACUAUAACAAGAGUCAUGUUUCUGAACAAGUUUCAGAUAUCAGUCAUUAAGCAUGAUUUAGCAAUUCACGAGAUGAAGUUAAUAGACUGA